AUGGCGACGCCGGCCCUCGAGAACCAGCCGCAGUACCUCGCCGAGGCCACGAAAAAGGUCAAGGAGCAGGGCUUCUACAUGAAGCGUGCCAUGGACGCGAGCGACCUCAAGGGCGCGCUCCAGCACGCGUCGGACAUGCUCCGGGAGCUGCGGACGUCGCUGCUGACGCCGCGGAACUACUACGAGCUCUACAUGAAGGUGCUCGACGAGCUCCACCACCUCGACGACUUUUUCAGCGGGCUGUGCGCGAGCGGCACGCAGGCGAGCGAGCUCUACGAGAAGGCCCAGGCCUGCGGCGACGUGCUGCCGCGGCUCUACCUCCUCAUCACGGUGGGCGCCGUCUACAUCAAGUCGCGCCAGGCGCCCGCGAAGGACAUCCUCAACGACCUCGUCGAGAUGGCCAAGGGCGUGCAGCACCCGAUGCGGGGCCUCUUCCUGCGCAACUACCUCGCCCAGGCCUGCAAGGACAAGCUGCCCGACGCCGGCUCCGAGUACGAGGGCCACGGCGGCGACGUGUCCGACGCCGUCGACUUCGUGCUCCAGAACUUCUCGGAGACGAACCGGCUCUGGGUCCGCAUGCAGAACCAG